UCGGGACCCGUAGCGAUGCGCCCACCCAAUGACUCUGUGCACUCUGCGAUCGCGGUGCAUGCUGGGAAUCGUAGUUCCCGGUGUCUCCGGCGCCGGUCCCGAUGGCGGUGGCGGCGCGGCUGCUGCCGCUGCUGCUGCUGCCGCUGGGCUGGGUCCGGCCCGGCGCCUGCACCGACCCUCCGGACGGCGGCUGGCUGGCAGGCUCGGUGCCGGAGGAACCACGCUGCACCGUGGAGAGAGCUGAUGCAUCCCUCACCUACUCCCUCUUCCUGCAGCGUGCUGCUUCCCGUGCUCCGCCCUCGCGGGACCCCGCUGGAUGCUGCCCCCAGGUUCGCCUUCUCCCGGCCGGUGAUCCUCGGUGGGGUCACGGACAAUUCGGCGUUCCGAGCCCUCUGCACCCGGGAGAAGCUGCUGGCGGCCUUCGGGCCCUUCCCAGUGCGGCUCAGCACGGCCAACACCUACUCGUAUCGCAAAGUGGAUGUGCCGUUCCAGGAGUACGUGGAGCACCUGCUGAAGCCGCAGGACCCGGCCCGGCUGGGCAGCGACACCCUCUACUUCUUCGGGGACAACAACUUCACCGAGUGGGGCCCCCUCUUCCAGCACUACGUGCCACCUCCUUUCCGCAUCCCGGGCACCAGCCCCGCCUACAGCUUUGGGAUCGCAGGCUCAGGCUCUGGUGUUCCCUUCCACUGGCACGGCCCUGGUUUCUCCGAGGUGAUUUUCGGCAGGAAGCGCUGGUUUCUGUACCCACCGGAUAAAACCCCACACUUCCACCCCAAUGAGACAACGCUGGCCUGGCUCCAGCACACGUAUCCCACCCUGCCACCGGCUCAGCGCCCACUGGAGUGCACCCUGCACCCUGGGGAGGUCCUGUACUUCCCUGACCGCUGGUGGCACGCCACACUCAACCUGGACACCAGUGUCUUCAUCUCCACCUUCCUAGGCUAGGGCUGGCAGGGACAAGGACAUGUCACCACCAUGCCAGCCAGGGCAGGAGCUCCAGCUCCUGCCACCCUCAGGGAAAGGCAACUGGUACUGGGACCAACUGCCUGAGAAAGUUUUGGUUUUCACUGGUCUUUACCCUCCCCCUUGGAUUAAAGUUGUUCUACUGAA